UUCAGUAUGAAAGAUUAGUUCGACGGGAGCGAUCGAAAUGGCUAGCGGAGAGACAGAAUCCUCAGAGUUCCUGAAGGACAAAAACGUGCCUAAGCAGCAGGAAGAUACUUCGGAUACUACAUGUGGUUUCUGGAGGUUCAAAGGUCCCACCCUGCAAAGAUUUGCAAGUGAGAACAUAUAUAUGGUUAUCUAUGGGAUUGCUGGCUGCUUUCUGUCCAUAGCCUUCUCGUACUUUAACGGAACCCUCACCACUUUGGAAAAGCGUUACAAAAUACCCACAAAGAUCACCGGAGUCAUUUCGGUGGGAAAUGAUAUAAGCAUAGUUUUCUCUUCGCCAUUCCUGGCUUACUACGCCGGUCGGGGACAUCGACCGCGUUGGAUAGGCUUUGGUCUCGUUAUUUUGGCGAUAUUCUGCCUUUUAAUGCUCUGCCCGCACCUUAUCUAUGGACCUGGAGAGGAGGCACUGAUGCUGACGCGAGAAUAUGGAGUGUCCAUCGAACUGAAUAUUAAUGGAACUAACCGGGAUGAUGCGCUUUGCCAGAAGGAGAAACCCAUCUGUGUGGAGGACCAAGAACCAAGCGACCUUAUGCCAGUUAUGCUGUUCUUUUUGGCGCAGUUUGUCUGCGGCAUUGGAUGCGCCUUGUUCUACACCUUAGGGCUGUCCUACAUGGAUGACAACUCCAAGAAGUCGAAGACCCCAGCCAUGAUAAGUUGGUCGGCUUUCCUGCGAAUGCUGGGACCGGCCAUCGGGUAUUCGUUGGCCUCGGUUUGCCUUCGCCUAUACAUAGAUCCCUUCAAGGAGCCGCUGAUCAGCAACGAGGAUCCUCGCUGGAUAGGGGCGUGGUGGUUGGGAUGGAUUCUUUUGACCGUAAUCCUGUUGAUCUCAGCAUUCUUUGUCGGCCUGUUUCCUAAGGAGAUGCCCAGUGCCAGAGCCAGGCGAUUAAAGGCGUCGGGCACCGGCAUCGGAACUGGCACCGAGGUGGAGUCUCCACUGGCGGAGCGCUCUUUUAAGGAUAUGGUCCAAACUUUAAAGCGACUGGCGGUCAACAAGGUGUACAUCUACAAAACAAUCGGCUCCAAUCUGUACUUCUUCGGGUAUAUUCCCUACUGGAUAUUCACCCCCAAGUAUAUCGAGAUCCAGUUCAGGCAGAGUGCAGCCAUGGCCAACAUGGCCACAGGAACUGUGGCAUUAGGAUUCUCUGCUGCAGGAGUCCUCCUCUCCGGGUACAUGGUCUCAAAGUUUAGGCCCAGUGCUCGGGCCAUGGCUGCCUGGAACUGUGUCGUUGACUACCUGACGGUGGCCGGAAUCAUAUGCUACAUACUCAUUGGCUGUGAACCGAGCGACAGGAUGAACUCCCUGGCCACACUCUCCGCCGGCGACAGCUGCAGUCUAUCUUGUCACUGUGAUUACGUGCACUUCGCUCCCGUCUGCAGUCCGGCAAACGAAACUUUUAUAUCUGCCUGCCAUGCUGGAUGCUCGGAGAAGUUGACGGAUGAUCAAGGACGAACCACGUACACUGGCUGCAAGUGCAUUUCCUCCUCCCUCUAUCCUAACCUGACUGUCCCUGAUGCGGUGAGUGUUUCCCUCUCUUCUCCCAUCCCUCAUAUCUAUCUUUUUUUCCAGAACCAAUUUGCCUCUGACGGAGUCUGUCCAGUCGACUGUUACGACCAGUUCCUCAUCUACCUGGCCGUCAUGUGCCUUCUAAAGUUCGUUGGGGCCACUGGACGUUCGACUGAUCUGCUACUGGUCCUUCGCUGUGUUCCGGCUGAGGACAAGACCAUUGCGCUGGGCAUUGGCAGCAUGCUCUUCUCCGUUCUAAGCUUCAUCCCAAGUCCCAUUGUGUUCGGCUGGAUCCUGGACAGCUAUUGUCUGGUCUGGGGCAAGACCUGCAGCACAAAGGGAAACUGCUGGCUCUACGAUACCAGCUCUUUGAGGUACACAAUGAAUCUCGUGUCCGCAACGCUCAUUUUAGUCGGUAGCUUCUGGCACAUUGCCGUCUGGUAUUAUGCCAAGGACAUCAAAAUAUUUGAUGAUGAGGAGCUAACAGAUAAACCAAUAGAAGGACAACUAAUGGAGCUGAAGUCGAAUCCUAGUAAAAAUGAUACAAAUUAAGGAAAAAGUAUAAGU